GUCAGGGAACAUCUGACAUUUUACUAUUCCGUUUGAAUACUGAUAAAAUUGUCUUUGAAACAUCGUUACAAUAACUUUAUCCAACUUUACUGCGGACUGACUUGCAGGUAGUAAUUUUUUUUGUUCAUUUUGUUAAUGUCUUGACAGGACCGGGGAUUUGUUUACAAUCCUGAAGAUUUUCCCGCUCUCAAUCGACAUGAUGCAGUUUCUGCACCAGAACAUGCAAAAGAUGAGGAACCCCUGGAGGUACCCUCAAAAAAGCGGAAGAUGAAGAAAACACCCGGCCUUCACGAAUGUUUGAUUUGUUCUAAAACAUUCGCCCGCAGAGAUGCUCUACGCCGGCACAAGGUCGUACACACUGGCAACAAGAGUGUGUCCUGCCCCAAGUGCGAUGCUACAUUCCGGCGUGCAGAUAAUAUGAAACGUCAUCUGCGCACACAGCACCGGGGUCCUUCAAAUCCACCCGCUGCCAGCACCAACCAACCGACUGCAUCCACCACCCCACCGCAGGACCAACCCGGCUGUAGCCACGGGCCGACACCAUCAGCACCCGUUAACCCAACCGCUGCCAGCACCAACCCACCCACCUCGUUCUCAAUCCCGUCGCAGGACCAACAACCCGGCUGUAGCCACUGGUCGUCACCAGUACCCUCUGCUGGGCCUACCGUCUCAACAUCGCCAACUCUCCCGACACCCGCAGCUCCCCCAACACAACCUGCCUCCGGUCCACCCAAUGAUCCACGUAAAUGUCCCGAAUGUAGAAAGACAUUUACUCGCGUGGAUUCCUUGAAUCGUCAUUUCACCAAAUUUCACAGCAGGCGAAGGGAAUCUUCAGCAUCACCUCAGCCAGGUGACGAACUUUUUCAAGAAGAUCCUUUCCUAUUUACAGAGGAUGACGAUGACGAACAAUCGCGCGUUAUUCGAGACAACUGGGACAGUAUCAGAACUCAUCAGCUCACGGAACAACCCGUCGAAGAUGUGUUCAACAUCCGAAUCGCCCGAUCAAAGAAAAAUUACAAAAACACUGUUAAGUCAAUCCUCUCCAAACUGACCAAUGGGGAGAGAAUUAACAUCUCGUUCGGAGCAGUUGUCCGACAUGUGGAGACAGGAGAACUGCGAUACUUUGAUCCCGACACUGCCAGGUAUUUUCCCGAUUCAGUGAAUUUUAAUUCCCAGCAAGUCGCGGAACAGUUCAUCGAGCAGUUUCAGAAUUCGGAUAUAACUGAAUUUGUCCGACAACACCUGCCAAACUGGUUUGUUGUUUCCGUCACAAAUGUGAGACUUUUCAUCCGUCAGCCCGCGGAUCCCUUAGAAGAAGAUCCUGAAGAUUUUCCCGAGGCGUUGAGAAAUGAUGAAAAUGAACAUUCGCGUGUGUAUAGAGAAAACUGGGCGGCCAUCAGAACGCAUCACCUUGUCGGUCGCGUGGUGCAAGACAUUUAUAACGUGCGUAUGGACCUGCCGUUAUGUUCAUUGGCUAGAAUCAUGAAUAGCGUGUUCAAAAAACUCACCUGCCGGGGGAAAAUUAAUAUUUCCUUUGGAUUCAUCCUCCGACAUGCGGAAACUGGAGAAUUAAGGUAUUUUCAUCCUUCGUACAACAAUGCCAAAUUAUUCUCUACCGCAAUCACCAUCGGCUCUCGGGACGACAUGGACAAUUUAAUCUUGCGGUUGGAACAAAUGGAUAUUUUGGAACAUUUAAGACAGCAGCGUCCGGACACAAAAUGGACCGUGGUGUCACUGACCAAUGUUGCUAUCUAUGUCAACAAGAUGGAGCAAUUUUACAUAGGUACUCCUAGUCGCGACUUACCCGACUUCAUCAAGAACAACAGGGGUGUAGACAGUCUGACACACAACGCGCAUAGUGGGCAGAGGUACGCCGACAACCUCUGCUUUUUCAGGUGUCUAGCUCUUCACCGUGGAGCAACGAUGGAGGCGCUCGAGAGACCAACGCGACAUCUGGUGGAAACCUUUCAAAGGGCUACUGGAAGGCAAGUCUCCAAAGGAGUUACCAUGGAGGAUGUAACUACAGCCGAGCAAGAAUUCCAGGUGAAUAUACAAGUCUACAGCUUGACACAGCACGACGGCGGUGGUGAUGGAUUGCCACAAACCAAGGUCCAGCUCAUCCGCCGUUCUGCCCGCCGACAUCCGUCCACCCUCUACCUCAAUCUUUUUGAGGACCACUUUUCUUAUAUUGCGGACUUGAAGAAAUAUAGUCAGCACUAUGAGUGCACAAAAUGCAGAACGGUAUUCGACAGAUCCUUCAACCUCCAGCGCCACGAACCGAUUUGCAACGUUAACGUGAAGCAUAAGUUCCCCGGUGGCGUGUACAGUUUACCACAGACAAUUUUUGACAAGCUGGAAGAUGUGGGGAUUAACGUCGACGAUGACUUAAAAUACUUUCCCUAUCGAGCCACAUAUGACUAUGAGUGUUAUUUCGACGAAGUAGCAGAUCGAAAUGCCGGCCAAGGUGGAAAACUGAAAUGGUGCAAUCGUCACGAACUGCUUAGUGUCAGCGUCGCGAGCAACGUUCCGAACUUUGAAUCCUUAAGGUGUUUUGUGUCAGAAGGUGACCCUGGUGAUCUCGUCGAAAAAAAUGGUACAUUAUCUGCACCAGAUAAGCGAGGCCGCAUUUCACAACAUGGUUGAAAAUUUUGACGAU